AUGUAUAGCAAGUUGGACAUUUUAGCUAACAGCAAUGAUGAACAGGUUGAAUGGCUAAAAAACGAAGAAACUCUCAACUCUGCUGGUGCCAUCGAUACAAGAGGCGACCAUAAUCUCAUCAUAUCUGAAGCCCGUCUCUCUGAUUCUGGAAACUACACCUGCGUAGCCAGCAACAUCGUGGCCAAGAGACGCAGUGCAACAGCCACUGUUGUAGUCUAUGUGAAUGGAGGCUGGUCGUCGUGGACAGACUGGUCUCCCUGUAACGUGCGAUGUGGACGCGGUGUGCAGAAACGUUCUCGCACGUGCACAAAUCCAGCUCCUCUGAAUGGGGGGGCCUUCUGUGAGGGCAUGUCGGUACAGAAGAGCAGCUGCAACACUCUGUGUCCAGUGGACGGCAGCUGGACUGAGUGGAGUGACUGGUCUGUGUGCAGCUCGGAGUGUGAGAGGCAGCGCAGCCGAGAGUGCACGGCCCCGGAGCCCAAACAUGGAGGCCGGCUGUGUGACGGGGGGGCGCUCGCUACAGACAACUGCACCGGGGGCCUGUGCACACAGAAUCGAAAGUUGCUACACGAUGCUAAGCCACAGGAUGUGGAGAGCAGCAGCGACGUGGCCCUGUACUCCGGCCUGGCUGCAGGGGUGGUGACGGUGGUGCUGCUGAUCAUCGCUGUCACUCUGUACCGGAGGAGCCAGAGUGAGUACGGGGUGGAUGUCAUCGACUCCUCCGCCCUCACCGGGGGCUUCCAGUCCUUCAGCUUCAAGACCUCUCGUCAAGCAAACCCUCUGCUAAUGAACUCAUCCAUGCAACCAGAUCUGACAGUGUCGCGCACCUACACCAGCCCUAUGUGUUUCCAGGACUCCAUCGACAAGGAUCUGAUGGCUGAGCGCUCACUUCUUGACCCAUUGCCUAAUCUCAAGGUCAAAGGGGUGGCAGAAAGGGCAGAGUACCAUGUCAUGUCCCACCCUCAGACAUUUCCACGGGGCCUGGCUCCAGACUACAGAGGGGUUCCAGUUGGGACCACGCUGGGCAGAAGAGGCAAAAAUCUGUUCACUCCACAAGUCUCUCUGACUCCCAGCAGGCCUCUUCACAAAGCAACCGCAGUGUUUGGUUAUGCUGGAGGCAGGCUGGUGGUGCCCAACACAGGUGAGCCCACUGUUAAAGAGACCGACCUUGAGACGCCGACAGUCUUCUAUCCCGACACUGACUGUCGAGUCAACCCCGAGCCCAGACGUCGAGGAGUCUGCCGUCGGUCUCUUCAUUUGUCGUAG